CGUUACUGUGUCGCACGCAGCUGGGUGCUUAUAUCGAGGCUCAGUUGGCCCUCAGGCCGGCAGCGCCGGUCUGCCUUGGUUUGCCGGGCCCAAGGUCUGUGAGCGGCCACGAUGUCGAUCUUCACCCCCACCAACCAGAUCCGCCUGACCAAUGUGGCCGUAGUACGAAUGAAGCGAGCCGGGAAGCGCUUCGAAAUCGCCUGCUACAAAAACAAAGUCGUGGGCUGGCGGAGCGGCGUGGAAAAAGACCUUGAUGAAGUUCUACAGACCCACUCAGUGUUUGUAAAUGUCUCUAAAGGUCAGGUUGCAAAGAAGGAAGAUCUCAUCAGUGCGUUUGGAACAGAUGACCAGACUGAAAUCUGUAAGCAGAUUUUGACUAAAGGAGAGGUUCAAGUGUCAGAUAAAGAACGGCACACACAGCUGGAGCAGAUGUUUAGGGACAUUGCAACUAUUGUGGCCGACAAAUGUGUGAACCCUGAAACAAAGAGACCGUACACCGUUAUCCUUAUCGAGCGAGCCAUGAAGGACAUCCACUAUUCGGUCAAACCCAACAAGAGUACAAAACAGCAGGCUUUGGAAGUGAUAAAGCAGUUAAAGGAGAAAAUGAAGAUAGAACGUGCUCACAUGAGACUUCGGUUCAUUCUUCCAGUGAAUGAAGCGAAGAAGCUGAAAGAAAAACUCAAGCCACUCAUCAAGGUUAUAGAAAGUGAAGACUAUCAUCAACAGUUAGAUAUUGUGUGUCUCAUUGACCCCGGCUGCUUCCGAGAAAUUGAUGAGCUCGUCAAAAAGGAGACGAAAGGCAAAGGCUCUCUGGAAGUACUCAGUUUGAAAGACGUGGAAGAAGGAGAUGAGACAUUGGAGUGACGGUCAUCAGUCUCUUCCGCUGUCAAACACUAAAGCCUUUUCACUUCCCACGGCCCCGUUUUCUUUCAGUGAUCUGCCAGAUACUUGCUCAGAUGAGUUGACAUUUUCCAUCUUUGGGGCAAACAUGUAACAAAAAGACUUUCCUAAGUAAGUAUUAUAAUGUGGGAUUAGUUUCGUUUUAAUUAUCAAAUGGGGUUUUAGGCAAAAGUGGAAUACAGAGUCCAGAGUAGCAUUUUGUUACUGCCUCAUGCCUUUGAGCUUUCCAGGGUGAAAGUUAUUUGAGACAACUCUGGUGGAUAAAAAUUAAAUUUUGUACGUUACAAGAAAAUAACUUUGGGAGGAUAUAUCUGUAUGACAGAAAGGGAGGAUUUGCCAAAAAGGAAACGUGUAAUGUCUUAUUUCUACUUAAUGAAAUGUGUGUAUAGGGGUAACUGUCUCAUGACCUAAUACAAAGCUUGGAUGAUGACUUCUUGAUUUUCUGAAAAAUAGAUAGAGGAUGACUGUGCAGGACUUCAAUAAUAUUCAUCCAUCAUGCUGCCAUAGCCUAGAUUAUUCUUGGUAAAAAAUACAGCCAUUUAUUGCUAAUCCUUAAAGUUUAUAAUAUAUAUUACUAGAGUUGAAAAUAUAUGUAAUCAAUAAAACCACUGUUUAUUUUUGUUGAA